AUGUGCGUGAGCGGAUGUGCGUCUGUGUGUGUCGGUUUACAGAUGAGCGGAGAGCAGGGCCGCAAGACUCAAAGGGAACGGGCAGACCAAAGGCGGCUUGGGCGGCCCUUGGCAAGUCAGACGGGCCAGACCAGGAAGCUCAAGAGCAAAAUUUGUGUCCAAAGAAAAGGGGACAAUGUCACAGCGCAUGGACGAGAAAACAUGAAGGGGUGGGAGCUACUUGCCAGAAGAAAGCAGAGGAAGGUGGACAGAAAUGAGACUUGUGACGAUCCCAAUGCCAUUGACAUGAGAAAAGCAAAAAGAGACACUACUCCGCAAUACGUCUCUCUCUCUCUCUCUCGCCAAUUGGGGAAAAACCCCCCAGAACAAAAGUGUCUGGCCACGAGGCGGCAGGAAUUCUCAAUAGAACCCGAUAAGUGCAACUACACCGUACACAUUGCAUAUGUACCAAACUCAAGGUACAUGACUCCCUAG